AGCAGCAGAGGUUUCUCUAUAACAGCUAGAGGUUUUAUUUUUAACUGUUUGACUCAGUGCUCAUCAGAUGAUUGGGACCAUCUAGCUGCAGAUCAAGCACGGAGCGGAGCGUGGGGGAAGCUGGAAUGGCAAAGGGAAAGAGGAUGGCUGGGAAAGGGGGUGGGAUCUUAAGAGUCGUGCCUCGCAGGCUCUGCCUCCUCCCAAUGUGGAAGAGAGUUAAGGGCUCCCACCCGCUAGAGUGUGUCUGCAGGUCAAGCUGGGAACUCUAGGAGAAUGGCUGCCUUCUGCCACUUAGAGACCUGAUUGCCCCGUGGUUAGUGUACUGUGAGGAGGGAGCAGGACCAGAGUAUUGUGUGCUUUCUGCUUCCUGAAAAGCGAGCUUCUCUCCCACUGGAUGCUGCUUGUCUCCGGAAGCCUCUCACCAUGAUCGAUAGCUCCAAGAAGCAGCAACAGGGCUUCCCAGAGAUUCUAACUGCUGAGGAUUUCGAGCCUUUCAAAGAAAAGGAAUGCCUUGAGGGGACCAACCAGAAGAGUCUCAAGGAAGUGCUCCAGCUGAGGCUGCAACAAAGGAGGACAAGAGAACAGCUAGUGGACCAGGGCAUCAUGCCACCUUUGAAGAGUCCGGCAGCAUUCCAUGAGCAGAUAAAAAGCUUGGAGCGAGCCAGAACUGAAAACUUUCUGAAGCACAAGAUCCGGAGCCGCCCCGACCGCUCUGAGCUGGUCAGGAUGCACAUCUUAGAAGAAACGUUUGCAGAGCCGUCUCUGCAGGCCACGCAGAUGAAGCUGAAGAGAGCUCGACUGGCAGACGACCUGAACGAGAAGAUCGCUCAGAGGCCUGGACCCAUGGAGCUGGUGGAGAAGAACAUUCUUCCUGUGGACUCGAGUGUCAAGGAAGCAAUUAUAGGGGUGGUGAAGGAGGACUAUCCCCACAUGCACAGGGAGUUCUCAUUUGAUGAAGACAGCAGCGAUGCCUUGUCUCCAGACCAGCCGGCAAGCCAGGAGUCUCAGGGCUCAGCAGCAUCCCCCAAUGAGCCAAAAGUUAGUACCUCACCACCUCCUGGGACUGCGAACACUCCGACCCAGUUUACCUCCGUGUCCCCAGCAGUUCCUGAAUUCUUGAAAACCCCUCUAACUGCGGACCAGCCUCCCACGAGGUCUACAGCUCCCAUCCUCCCCACAAACACUGUGUCCUCAGCGAAGCCUGGCCCGGCACUGGUGAAGCAAAGCCAUCCUAAGAAUCCAAAUGACAAACACCGUAACAAAAAAUGCAAAGAUCCCAAACCCCGGGUGAAGAAGUUGAAGUACCACCAGUACAUUCCACCAAACCAGAAGGGGGAGAAGAGUGAGCCGCAGAUGGACUCCAACUACGCCCGCCUGCUGCAACAGCAGCAGCUCUUCCUGCAGCUGCAGAUCCUGAGCCAGCAACAGCAGCAGCAGCAGCAACAGCAGCAGCAGCAGCACUACAACUACCAGACCAUCCUGCCCGCACCCAUCAAAAAUGACAAAAACAGCAGUAGUAGCACGACUGUACCUGCAAGGAGACCAGGACCUCUGCCUUCCAGCUUGGAUGACUUAAAGGUGUCAGAGCUGAAGACAGAACUCAAACUGAGGGGUCUGCCAGUGUCAGGAACCAAACCCGACCUCAUUGAACGCCUGAAACCCUACCAGGAAGUGAGCAGUAGUGGCCUUGCCGCUGGCGGUAUUGUGGCCGUGUCAUCAGCAGCUAUUGUCACCAGUAACCCAGAGGUGACAGUGGCACUGCCCGUCACAACACUGCAUAAUGCUGUGACUAGCUCUGUGUCCACGUUCAAGGCAGACUUGCCGCCUGCUGGGUCCAGCAACGUGGCCCACGUUGAAAGUGCCCAUUCCCCUCUACCCAUCUCACCGUCACCCUCAGAGCAGUCCAGUCUCAGUACCGAGGACACGAACAUGACAGAUACCUUCACUGAGAUCAUGAGCAUGAUGUCCCCUUCCCAGUUCCUGUGUGCCUCCCCCCUGAGGGUGACAGGCCACGAGGACAGCCUGAGCCCCACAAGUAGCACCCUGUCAGCCCUAGAACUGGACGCUGCUGAGAAGGAUCGCAAGCUUCAAGAGAAGGAGAAGCAGAUUGAAGAGCUGAAGAGGAAACUGGAACAAGAACAGAAGCUUGUAGAGGUCCUCAAGAUGCAGCUUGAGGUAGAAAAGCGAGGGCAGCGACCACCAGACCCUCAGCCCAGUGGCCCCUCACAGCCCCUUAGUACAUCAGAUCAGAUACAUGGCAGUGUCGGCUCCUCCUCCAUCAAGGAUGAGGCCUCGCUUCCUGACUGCUCCAGCCCCCAGCAUCCCAUCUCCACAGGUAGCCAGACCCUUGUUGCCAAAAAGGCUGUGGUCAUCAAACAGGAGGUCCCCAUAGCUCAAGCUGAGCAGCAGAGUGUUGUCUCGCAGUUCUACGUGAGUUCCCAAGGACAGCCACCUGCCCUUGUUGCUCAGCCUCCGGCCUUACUGACUACGCAGACCACUCAGCUGCUAUUGCCGGUGUCCAUCCAGGGCUCAAAUGUCACUUCAGUGCAGCUUCCAGUAGGCAGCCUCCAGCUCCAGACCCCAGGACAAGGAGAAGCCCAGGCUCAGCCUCAGAUAGCCACUGCCACACAGAUUCCAGCGGUACCACUGGCCCCAGCACUGCCUCAGAAGCAGGAGGCCUUCCCGCAGCAUGUGCUGGGUCAGCCCCAACCAGUCAGAAAGGUCUUCACCAACUCUGCACCAAACACAGUUCUCCAGUAUCAGAGGCCACCUGGCCCAGCGACCCAGCAGCCCUUUGUCAUUAAAGGCUCCAACCCUGUUCUUCAGUCCAGAAGCACCCCACUUGCACCCCUGCAAAACGGCCCUAACCCAGCCAGCAAGCCUAGCUCACCCGUGCCAGUCCAGCAGUUUGUCGUCCAGCACUCUUUGUUUGGGACCCCAGUCACCAAGACAAAAGACCCACCUCGCUACGAAGAGGCCAUCAAGCAGACACGCAGUGCCCAGCCAGCCCUUCCAGAGGUUUCCAGUGUGCACAGUCAACAGAUGGACGACCUCUUCGACAUCCUCAUAAAGAGCGGAGAGAUUUCCUUUCCUGUAAAAGAAGAGCCUUCUCCAAUCUCCAAGAUGAGGCCAGUGACAGCCAGCAUCACUACAAUGCCAGUCAACACAGUGGUGUCUCGACCACCGCCCCAGGUCCAGAUAGCACCGCCUGUCUCCUUGGAGCCGAUGAACAAUAUAUUCACCAGCUUAGAGAACCAGCUAGAAGCCUUCCUGGAUGGGACUUUACCCUCGACCAAUGACAUUGCCCCACUGCAGAGCAGCAGUGAAGACAGAGAGCCAUUCUCUCUGAUAGAGGAUCUCCAGAAUGACUUGCUGAGUCACUCCGGCAUGCUCUGCCACUCCCAGUCUCCCAUGGAGACCUCUGAGGCCCAGCUUGUGGCAGGGACCCCCUGUCUGUCUCUCGACCUGUCAGACUCCAACCUGGACAACAUGGAGUGGCUGGACAUCACCAUGCCCACUGCAUCCUCCGGGCUCACGCCUCUGAGCGCCACUGCACCAAGCAUGUUCUCUGCUGAUUUUCUGGACCCACAGGACCUGCCACUCCCAUGGGACUAAGGUCACAGGUCACUUGUCUCAGUCGUGAGGUUCCAAAACAUGAAAAAAAUCUUGAAGGGUCAGUGCUUAGAGCCAUGGCCAUAGCUGCACUGUCACAAUUAAAAUAUAUUGUCAUGAAAAAAAGGACAGUCAUAGCCUGGAAGCCAAGUGUGAGAGCACCCAUUCAUCUAGCAGUGACUCCACAACUUAGAGAGGCAGGCCUGUCGCAUGCAAGAGGCCUUGUGAAAUGCCUUAGAUAAAGCCAAAGGUCAGGAGCCGGCCAUAGGAAGUGGCACUAGCGCUCUGGUCAUCAGCCACCUUUCAACCUCUGUAGUCACCUCACGACCCUAAUAAGAGGCAAGCAGCUCCCCUUGAACCACAAGGAGGGGAGAAGCUACUGCACAUGUGCUCUCUAGAGUGGCCUAAACUGGGUCCAUAGCAAGGUCAGAGGUGUUUGAGGCUCCGAGUUCCACUCUGACAUCUGUGUGACUGUGUGAUGUCAUAGGUCAUUUUUUGAGUUUGGGAAUCUCAGUGAACAGCCUCUCACCAUAAGCAUGUGUCUGCAAAAUACUGUCACACAAGAACCCGGUGUCCAGAGUCCAGAUGUGUUAGUGCUGUGGUUUUCCCAGUAGCCUCAGGUGGGUGAGCUUGGUUCUCAUGUGAUGGUAGACAUUGGAAUAUGCCCUGACCUUGUGAUCUCUACAGCCUGCAAUAGAGUAAAAGGAUGGCCAUCCACUGGUCCUGCUUGUUGUAAUAACUCAGAUAUCUCUAGAUUACCUGAGCCACAGUAUCUCCAUCUUUGAAGACUUGCCGACAGACUCUCAGGUGACCAUACCCAUCUCAAAGAACAAAAAAAAGGCUUCAACGUGAAAUUCCUUUUUGAGCUACUGAGUUAGAAGAAGGGAACGCGUGGAGUGUGUCAGACUCCCAGACAGUCCACCUUGAGCACAGGUUAGAUUCUCCCAUCACUAGAUUCCCUGGUUUCGUGCAUAGGCUUGUAACCGGAUGCUCUGCCUGCCCUCAGUGUGUUCUCAAGCCUACACCUAAAAACUGGAGCUUUCAUUUCUUUUUUCUCUUGAUCUAUAAAGGAAAAAUUAUAUUGUCAAGUAAUUUAAGAAUUUCUAAAAUGCCAACUGCCACAGGAUUUCCCCAGCUCUUGAUCUAGUCAUUUAGUUAUUGGCUAAUUGUAAAUAACUGAGCAAAGCAUGGGGUUUCUUUUACAUAGCAGCUUUAUUCCCACCCCUUUACCUGAGCCAGAUGGGCCUCCUGCAUCAGUGCACAGCCUCUUCCACAGGCACCUCCAGGAAGUGGCCUGGCCCAUUGCCUAGACAGAACCGGAAUCAUCUCUGAGGAGGUUUUGCCCCAAAGUAAUCUUAGUUCCAAUUUGCACUUGUUUAAUCCCACUCUGUGUCAAAAUGGUCCCUUUUCCCAGCUUUAGCAUCUGAGCAGCUCCCCCUCACCUAAAGUUUGGCUUGCUGGUGGCCAGGGACCACUGAGCUCAGAAAGUCCUCUUGUUUAGGAACUGUUUGAUCACUCUCUUAGGACAUGUGCAGCCAAGUUGGUUCUGCUAGACAGCUGCUUGUGCCCUGGCCCCAGCUGUGGACCUGGGCAGAAACUUUCCACAUGAGAAUUUCAGCUCUAGGUCUUGGAGAGUUUUAGUCUUCUUUCUCCAGCUUUGGGUGUCCAGUUAAAGUAGUCCCAAGUAUCAGUGAGCUUGUGGGGAGCGGCUAAAUGCUGGUGCAUUUCCUCCUAUAGGAAAAUUCUGUAAUUCUGAGUUGUGAAUAGAGAAAACAUUCUAGCCCUCAAGUCCCUUGCGUUGUUAGACUUAUAAGUUGGUUUGAAGCCGGCCACAAGAAAGUCAUUCUCCAAACACAGUUGAGUACAGAGGAAGCCAUCUCGGUGUUCAUGUGCCCACCCUGUCCACUAGGGUCCCAUUUUUUUUGGUUUUUUGGUUUUUUGGUUUUUUGAGACAGGGUUUCUCUGUGGUUUUGGAGCCUGUCCUGGAACUAGCUCUGUAGACCAGGCUGGUCUCGAACUCAUAGAGAUCCGCCUGCCUCUGCCUCCCGAGUGCUGGGAUUAAAGGCGUGCGCCACCACUGCCCGGCCUAGGGUCCCAUUUCUUAAAACACCAAGGGGCCUCCAGCUACCGACUUCACUUGCAGCCAACUCACCUACAACAUUCCUUGCCCUGCUCUCCUGGUUCGAGCAUCUAGUAGGUACUUAAGACACCAGUGACUUGAGAGUGCUUGCUAGGCCUUUCCAGCAUGCUCUGGGCCAGAGUGGGCAUCUUUCCCAUGUGCUCACAUAAUGCGUCAUGACCAAAGACCACGCUACAGAGAAGCCUCCUGACAUAGCUCUAGCCCUCAGCGAGUGUGUGGGGAAAGGUAUGUGUCUGAAGAUGACUUUGUUGUUUAGAACUGAUGCAAGAGGACUGCGUAGGUAGGGGUGGGGGCUGCCAACAGGCCUGAGGAGCCCCAGCAUCCAUCUGAUGGAAGGACAGAACUGGCUCCCGCAAGUUGCCCUCUAAGCUCCACACACAAACAGGUGUGACGUUAUUUCACAGCCGUUAGGUCAGAGAUCCCGUUAGAUUCCCACUGUGCGUGUACGUGUGUGGGGAGGCUUCUGUUUGUACACGUUACUAAGGAAAUCCCUCCUAGGAGCCUGUAGUGUCCAACCCCAGCCUCACAUGUCCACACAGUCGCAAAGUGCAGUGGCAUCAACUUGACUUUAAGGUAUAGAUUUCCCAGCCAUUUUACUAGGAUGGGAUGAGUGGAUUCUAGAAGGCUGAUGUGGCUGGGGGCCUCUUGGAACCCUACCAGGGCUGCUCCAGUGUUCACCCAGGCAUCCCACAGAAGUGAGCACACAGAGAUGCCCUGAGUUCAUGGAACUUUUCGCUCAAAUACCAUAUGUGUUUGUUACACACAAAUAUUUUCUGAGACUUUACUAAAACCUUUUCAAAAGCUCCACAGUUCUCUGACCACAUGCUAUGCCUUGCUGGUCUGAGUACUCCAAAAAGCCAGGACAGCUCUGCAGAGCCAAAGAAAUGGGCUCUCAGCACACAUGCACCGUCAGCUGACCCAGAGGAGCUGGUGAGAUCAGUGUCCACUUCGUCACCAGAGUGGGCUCAAGCCACCUGAGCCCCAUUAUCCCAGGCAGUGUUCCCAGCACUUACAGCUGAGGGGGCAGCUGUCCCUCAAGUCAGAGGGCAUUCUUUUUACUGCCCUUGAGCAGACCUGGCCUAGAUCAGUGGCCAACAAGAGCCCACAUCACAUCUAUACCCUUAGUUGUUCUCACAUAGCCAGCCUCAGAAACUGCUGAUGGUAGGAGGCCAGGAAUAUGGGUACCGGCAGGACUACAGAGAAAGCCAGGAGUGGCCAUUUUAUUCGAGCAUCAGAGCAACCAGGUCAGGCCCAGCAAACUCAAACAGCCUUGCUUGCUUCUGUCCAAAACACCAUACAACACUGAGGAUAUCAGAUACACAGGGACCCACUGCCCCAGUGGACAGUUAGCCCCAGGUUACCCUGCACAGUAACUGGAAGGCCAGGUUUAUUAAGAAACAGUGUUCAUGCUUACAGAAGGUGCAUUUGGAUAACAUCCUAAAAGUUCCACUCAUUGUAAAAGAGUCAAAACUGGAAAAUAGCAGCUCACGUAGUCAUUUUGCUCCCUGGUUCAGACUUUCAAUCAUCUGUUCACUCAGCAGUUCCGGUUUAUUUGUCCGGUGACUGUAUAGCAACAAGCAGGUCGUUUUUUCAUCCGCUAACCCUCCCUGUACCUGAGGAGAUGUGUCCCUGUGUCUUUCGUGUAAGGCCUGUGAUUCAAGAAGCUGCACGUCUCUGAGGAGCUUUGCCCUCCACUGAAGCCCGCUGCUCUGGGUAGUGGGGUGUCACAGGCUGGUGACAGCUUAGCAUCUUCGGUGCUGUCUGGAAGCCCAGUGACGACAGCAGCAUCAGCCGUGAAACAAAGCUCUGUGCCAACAUCCAGGAGAAAGUCUGAGCGAGUAGACAGACUUGCUGGAAGAUGGCCCAGUUGUGUUACCUCACCAUCCUACUGUGAGGACCUUGCCCACUAGCAGGAGAUGAAGGGUUAAGAAAGGGUUCAUAUCUACCAAAAGUACUUAACCUCAAGAAACCAAAAGUAAUGCAGAAUGCUUAAAGGAACCAAAGGCAUCACCAGGUAUUUGCCAAAAGCAGCCACUUUUUGUUUUAAAAUUGAGACUAAUGUGAUCUCAAGUCAAUCCCAAAAAGGUAUCCAUUUACGGUUAUAAUUUUCAGAGAGAUGUAGAUAUUUGUUUCCUGUAAAAUAGUAUGGAGCUGUCGUGUUGGUUUAAGAAUAACAUGCUUACGUGGUAGUCAUGCAAAGCUGUUUGUUCUGAAUCGAGGUCCAGUUCUCUGUUGCUUGCAGUGGACAUGCAGGUGUCUCUUUCAUCCUCACAUAAUGUCUUAGCAUCUCACUUCCUGAAGAAAAUGGGGGAGAACAGUGGGCAGCGCCGUUCUUACUGAAGCACUAGUUUCAUGAACAGGAAAUCAUGGCAAUCGGGGGUCCAUUUGUGUGUUGCCUUUAUGUUGUUUUUAAAAGAAAAACCAUGAUGCCUUUGUAUGUGCCGUUUGCACCCCUGCCUCGAUUCGUACUGUGUCUGAUGCCAUACGUUUGCACAUGUACUGUACAUAGGCAACGCAGACUGUAUUUUUAUAUGUGUGUGCAUUUAUCAUCAGAUCUUUUGUACAUAGUGGCAGUAUUGUAGCUGAUCGGGAAAUGUUUGAUAUCUCAGCGAUUUUGCAUUUUUGUGUCUCAAAUAAAAAAACAUUUUGAUGUACCAUGA